AUGUAUCAUUACUCCAGUCCACCGGCCGGGUGGUCUGCCGCCUAUGACUACGGCCACUCCCCCGCCGCGCCCCCCUAUGGCUACUACGGCGCCCCCUACGGCUCGCCCAGCCCGUCCCCGCGCGCCAAACGCCAUGCCCACCGCGCCAGCUACUGCGGUGCCAAAGACGGCGGCCCGUACUAUCCGCCGCCGCCGCAGCAUCCGGCGUGGCACAGCUACUACGAGUCCGUGCCCGAAUACGUCGCGACUCCGCGCAAGCACGAUCAUGUAAGUGGAGCUUUUGGUGACCAUCAACCGUGGUCGCGGUCCCAUGGCCGCCAUCCCUCCAUGCCAGGCAAACCUCACCACCACUCCCACUUUUUCUCCUCCCGAUCGCGCCCGCCGCCUGCCUUCUUUGACGACGAUCGCACUGAAUCCGACUCGGAUGGGCGUCCGCCCACUCCUCAUGGAGCCGGGACGGGCGCUCCGUUCUACGAACCCAGGACGUCGCGCCAAGAGGGCCAGCGCCCCUCCAAACCUGAUUCUCGUCGGAGGCAACCCACUGAUGCUUAUUUUGAUUCUCACCAGGCUCCCACCUUUGUGUACGACGAUGCAGAUCUCCCCAAACGCUCGCGUGCCCGUCGUGCCUCCACGUCGGCCCGCGCGCCCCAAAAACCCCCCAAGCCAACGGCCAGUGACAAGACCGCCCCCAAGGCCACCGAUGAGGAUGCCCUCCGGGCUGGCAUCCCCGCUGGCUAUUCCAUUAAGAACUGGGAUCCGACGGAAGCCCCGAUCCUACUGCUCGGCAGCGUCUUUGACGCCAACUCUCUCGGGAAAUGGAUUUACGACUGGACGGUUUUCCACUAUGGUGCCACGGCGCCCAUGUCCGAUGUUGCGGGCGACCUGUGGCUCCUGCUGAUCAAGUUGGCCGGCAAAGUCAAGAGAGCCGACGAAAGUGCGCCGCUGAUCGCCUGCAAGGAGGCUCGUGAAAUGGUGGAAGACUUCCUUGAUAGUGGCGAGCGGCUCUGGGCUCGCUUCAAGCGACUGCUCAAGGCGUGCGAGCACUUUAUGUGGAAGGCCGCCAAGCGAGAAUCCGGCGCCAGCUCCGUGACGAUGGGCCGCGGGGCCGGGUGCGAGUUCGUUGACUCCAUCUUCGGCCGCGAGCGCGAGCUUGAAAACACGGAGAAGUUGAUGAACAGCAUCCGGCUGUGGAAUAUGCGGUUCGACGCCAACUGCGAGGAAAUCCUGCGUCGACCCACCGAUCCUUAG